CUUCGUCAACUUGAUGUCAAGAACGCGUUUCUCAAUGGUACUCUCACUGAUCAAGUUUAUAUGGAGCAGCCUCCAGGGUACAUUGAUCCUCGCUUCCCCAACCAUGUUUGCCAGCUGAAGAAAGCUCUCUAUGGUCUCAAGCAAGCCCCUCGUGCCUGGUUUCAGAGCUUUAGCACUUUUCUAAUUCACCUUGGUUUCUCUUGCAGUCGUGCUGACACAUCUCUUUUUAUCUAUCAUCAGAAGUCGAAUAUUAUCUAUCUGCUUCUUUAUGUUGAUGACAUCAUUAUUACAGGCAACAAUUCCUCACUUCUUGACAGCUUCACUUGUAAACUCAAUUCAGAGUUUGCCACUAAGGACUUGGGCUCUCUCAGCUAUUUUCUUGGUCUUGAAGCUACUCCAACUUCUGAUGGUUUCUUUAUCAGUCAGCUCAAAUAUGCACGGGAUAUUCUUUCUCGAGCUCAGUUACUUGACAGUAAGCCUGUCCACAUUCCUAUGGUUGUUUCUCAGCAUUUGUCCGCCGAUGGCUCUCUGUUUUCCGACCCCACUCUCUACAGAUCUCUUGUUGGAGCACUUCAGUACUUGACUAUCACACAGCCCGACAUUGCUCAUGCUGUCAACUCUGUCAGCCAAUUUUUGCAUGCCCCCACUGAAGAUCAUUUUCUGGCUGUUAAGCGCAUCCUCCGCUAUGUUAAGGGCACAAUUCACUUUGGCUUAACUUUCCGCCCCUCCUCUUCUCCUGGUGCUCUCGUUGCCUAUUCUGAUACUGAUUGGGCCGACUGCCCUGAUACUCGCCGUUCGACCUCUGGUUAUUCUAUCUAUCUAGGUGAUAACUUGGUUUCCUGGAGUGCUAAAAAACAGCCGACGGUCUUUCGUUCCAGCUGCGAAUCUGAGUAUUGUGCCCUUGCCUUCACUGUUGCUGAACUUAUUUGGCUCACACAUCUCCUGCGUGAUCUUCAAGUUCCCAUGUCUCAGCAGCCUCUUCUUUUAUGUGACAACAAAAGUGCAUUUUUUUUAGCUCCAAUACGGUUUCACACAAACGGGCUAAGCAUGUUGAAUUGGACUAUCACUUUCUCCGUAAACUUGUUGUGGCUGGCAAACUUCGCACCCAACAUGUCCCAUCUCAUUUACAGAUUGCUGAUAUUUUUACUAAGAGUGUUUCUCGUCCUCUAUUUGAGUUCUUUCGAUCCAACCUCUACGUCCGAUCCAAUCCGACGCUUCGCUUGCGGGGGGUGUUGA